AUGUGCUGGGCAAUUCUGCACCUGCUGAUCUUGUGGACAUCCAUCAGUCAGGCCUCGUCUGAAAAUGAGGUGAAGGUCGCACCUUUCUGCCCCAGCGACCAGAAGGCCUUCGGAAGGUCUUGUUUUGCAUUUGUGAACCAGCAGCAGUCUUUUCCCGCUGCUCAAGAUUGGUGUGAGAAGAGUGGAGGACACCUUGCAUUUAUACCUGAUAAAAACACUCAGAAUUUCUUUGAGAAACACCUGGACCCCGAUAAAGACGCGUGGCUGGGAAUGGCACCUUCCACCUCCACCCGUAACCGCCAACAUAUGGAAGGUGCUCUCUCAUGGCUGGAUGGUUCACCUCUCACUUAUUCAAAGUGGCUGCGCACCCCUCAACCAGGCGCAGCCUGUGGACACAUCCUCAGGAGCUCCAGCUUCCAGUGGGAGGCCACAAGUGACUGCUACCAAGAAAUGAAUUUCAUCUGCCAGUAUGAGUCUGGAAGAAAGAUUGUGUGUGCUGGUCAUGACACCUCCUUGGAGUGCAGUUCCAAGGAGGUGCUAAUGAUAGACAGCAGCUUCUACGGCCGUGAAAGCAUUCAUUACUGUCGAUCCGGAGUCUCUGCACCGGCGUCCCUGCAGAAAGAGUGCGGCUGGGUGGAUGUGAAGGCAACCAUCACAGAAUGUGUCCAAAUAAAAAUCCGAGCACGGAACGCUUUCUCGUCUCAAAAAGUUGACAGUUUGACCGGCUUCAAAAAGAAACAGGAAAAACGACUUGUCAGAGAUUCGAGAUCUGUGGUGGAAAUUUCUGCAUCUCCAGCCUCUGUGACGAGCACGUCUGACUCCAUCGUAUUAUCACUGUCUGAUGAAACAAUCCUAAGGGGUGUAUCCCGUUUUGAAUGGAACUGCAAAGGAUCCUGUAACUGCAAAGACAAGUAUACUGGUAUUAAAAAUCCUGCAAUUAAAGGAAACUGCCUGGAACCGUUUCACUUUGACAAGUAUAGCUUGGAUUUAAAGGGGGGACCCUCGAAACCUGUCAUCAAAGAUGUGUGCAUUACACUCACACCAACUCGGUACAAUGGAAAUGACAUAAGAGUUACUUGCAAGGAUGGUUGUACAGUACAAGGAAAGAUAGAAGAUGCAAAUAUUGAACUGAGUUGUGAUAGCAGCUGUCCAACAGUUGAUUGGUACAUUCAGGAAACAGAUGAUGAAAGUAAAUGGGAUGCAGACACAAAGGACUGCUACAUCAGUGCAAAGCAAAUCCCACUAGUAGAGAAAGAAAGCCGCAAAACUAGUUAUAAAGUGAAAAAACAACGAAUUUCAGAUGCUGGAAAACGGAAUCAAAAUGUCACUGUGGUUAUUAUUUUUGGCCAACCUGCUCCACAGUACUUAGAAUAUAUUUUAAAUACAACUUCAUCAUCAUCCUCUUCAUCCUCACCCUCCUCACCGUCAUCUUCAUCAUCACCCUCUUCGCCAUCGUCAUCCUCAUCAUCCUCCUCACCAUCAUCUUCAUCAGCACCCUCUUCGCCAUCGUCGUCCUCUUCGUCAUCCUCAUCAUCGUCCUCCCCCUUACCCUCUUCGCCAUCGUCAUCCUUGUCAUCCUCCUCCUCAUCUUCCUCCCCUACUCAAACGAACCAAACCACAGAAGGGACCCCAACAAAUGUUGAAUUGCUGUCAUGCGUCGCGACCCCGUCCACGGGAACCAUCCUCGACGCUUUUAACCUGACCUGCACCACUCAGCAGCCUUGUGUGGGCUGUCAGUUUUGUUUUACUGCUGACUGUGCGUAAUUCAAAGCAAUAAAAAGUCUAACCUUUUCGUCUUCUCAGA